GCACCACUAGUAACUACCUCCACGGCUUCGUCUCGGAGACUCGGAAUUUCUCCUGGGUUUGCUGAUCCAAAGUCAAGCGGUCUCUUCUCGUCUUGCUCCGGCGGACUCUCUCUCUCUCUCUCCGGGGCCGGAGCCAUGGUGGAGAGGCGGCCGCGGAGGAAGCCGCUGGUUCUCGCGUCCACACAGGCGCUCCUCGAUUCGCUCCCGGGGGAGCGCCGCGGGCCGGCUCCGACCCCGCCUGAGCCGGUGCACCUCAGGGCCGGCGUCCUCCGCUUCCCCACCGGUUCCUCUGGCGGAGAGUUCGGCGAGCUCGCGUCCUUCGUCGCCCUCCCGGCGUCCGCGCUCCGCCGCCUCGCCGUCGUCACCGGCACGCCGGUGCUUGUCAAGAAUACUGACAAUAAUGUUGGGAGGAUUGUCAAAGCAGUAGUACUUAAUCAGCCAUCCCUUGAUGAGUCCCACAGAGAACAAGCUGAUCCAAUGGCCUCAACCUCUUCAUCUGAUCAUGUGAUGGGUUUCUUACCUACUCGCUCGUUCCCAACAAAUGGCUUUGCACCCUUGAAUGAAGAUGUUGCUUACGUUAGCCCACUUUUAGCAUUCAACCUGGGAGUGCAUGUUUCUUGUCUCAAGCUUAUUAUUCAGAAAGGGGAGAAACCUUUCAAGGUUUGUUCUAACGUUGAAGAGGAUCGUGCUGCUGAGAGUGCUGGAGGAGAUAUUUCUCUUCACGUAGAGCUUCUACCAUGCCCUCAAGUGCCUAAGCAUGCUUUGCAUCUGCGGGUUUCUUUUGUGAGAAUUCCUGAAUGUGGUGUAUUUGCUUCCUUAAAGAUAAAUUCAGCACUGGGAGGAAGUGACUACCAAGAUAUGAUAGAUCAAGCUUUAAAUGAGCACUUCAAAUUUGAUCGUUUACUAGCAAGAGGGGAUGUUUUCUGCAUACAUAAUAAUUGGAAUUGUGGUGUGAGCUCCUGCUUAGCAUGCAACAAGGACAAUCCUAGACAGCAACCUAGUAAUAUGAUAUAUUUUAAGGUAACUGGCAUGGAGCCAUCAGAUGAACCAAUUCUUUGUGUUAACUGUAAUCAAACAGCUCUUGUGCUUGGAGGAAGUGCCUCUGCUCCAAUUCCUCCUCGCAGCUUCUUUGCUGCUUCUGAUGAUUCAGUACCUUUGCAUGGAGAAAUAGUUGAGCAGUUAGCAUCUAUCAUUGCACCAGCAUUAUGUCCUUCAAAUGUUUUGCCGAGAAUCAAGUUUUCCACUUUCUUGUAUGGCCCAUCAGGAUGUGGAAAAAGGAUGGCUGUGAGGCAUGUUGCUAACCAUCUUGGUAUGCAUGUGGUCGAGUGUUGCUGUCACGAUCUGAUGACCUCAUCAGAAAGUGGGGCUCCUGCUGCACUUGUGGCUGCCUUCAAAGAAGCUCAGAAGUACUCUCCUUGUAUAAUACUUCUUCGGCACUUUGAUGCAAUCGGGAAUACAUCCUCCAACGAAGGUCCACAAUCUGAGCAAUCUGGCAUUGCAGCGAAUGUUGAGUCUGUCAUUAAGCAGUACACUGGACAACGUUGGGUUGUGAAAGACUCACUGACAGCAAAAGAUGUGGCUGGAAAUUCCUACCUUGUGGAACCUGAAUGUGUAAGUUCGCUUCAAGUUCUACUUGUGGCAACUGCAGACAGUGCUGAAGGAAUGCAGCAAUCAAUUAGGCGAUGUUUCCGCCAUGAGAUCAACAUGAAGACUAUCAAUGAAGAGCAGAGGAAGAACUUGAUCUCUGAAACGCUUAAUGGUGUCUCAGCAGUUGCUGAUGAGAGUAUCAAUGACAAAUUUGUAAAAGAUAUAGCAGUGCAAACGUCUGGUUUCAUGCCCAGAGAUAUACUUGCAUUAGUUGCAGACGCUGGUGUGUCAUUUGCGCAUAAAGUUGCAGUGGAGAAAAGUAGCAGUGAAAUCAGUACAGGAAGCUCAUCUACCACUCAGGAUGAAGAAAAACACUUUUGCAAAGAAGAUAUUUUAUCUUCCUUAGAACGGGCCAAGAAAAGGAAUCGUGCUGCAUUGGGUACACCCAAGGUUCCUAAUGUCAAAUGGGAGGAUGUUGGUGGGCUUGAGGAAGUGAAGAAGGUUAUUCUGGAUACUAUUCAGUUACCUCUGAUGUACAAGCACCUUUUUUCUUCUAAAUUACCGAAGCGAUCAGGCGUCCUGUUAUAUGGACCUCCAGGCACUGGGAAGACAUUAUUGGCGAAAGCAGUGGCUACUGAGUGCUCAUUAAACUUCCUUAGCGUAAAAGGUCCAGAAUUGAUAAACAUGUAUGUUGGAGAAUCGGAGAAGAAUGUCAGGGACAUCUUUGAGAAGGCUAGAUCUGCACGGCCAUGUGUAAUUUUCUUCGACGAGCUUGAUUCCCUUGCUCCUGCGCGAGGAUCCUCUGCAGAUUCUGGAGGGGUGAUGGAUAGAGUGGUUUCUCAGUUGCUAGUGGAGAUUGAUGGGUUAAGUGAUAACAGCCAGGACCUCUUCAUUAUUGGGGCUACCAAUAGGCCUGACCUUCUUGAUUCUGCACUUCUUCGCCCUGGCCGAUUUGAUAAGCUCCUUUAUGUCGGUGUAAAUACUGAAGCAUCGUAUAGAGAAAGGAUACUGAAAGCACAGACACGCAAGUACAAGCUCCACGAGAAUGUAUCUCUCUUGUCGAUUGCUCAGCGCUGUCCUCCAAACUUUACUGGUGCUGAUUUUUAUGCAUUAUGUGCAGAUGCAUGGUUUCAUGCUGCCAAGCGUUCAGUUAAAACGCUUGAAGCUGAUCCUUCAACAAAUACUGAUGCCAGUGCUGAAGAAGUCAUCGUUGAGAUUGACGAUUUUAUGACUGUGCUAGGCGAUAUCUCACCAUCGUUAUCUAUGGAGGAGUUGCAAAACUAUGAACAGUUGAGGCAGAAGAUUGAGGGACCUUCUAGAUGACGUAUGCUAAUAUUCUAUUGUUCGUGGACAAUUUGGUGCUGCCGGAGCACCCUCGAGCAUUUCAGUGCAUUUGGAGAUAGUGGCCAGUGGCCACGUUGAAUCAACCUGCCAGUGACGGCUUUGGCAUGUUUUCUGGUUCUACCACGCUGAGAUUCUCACUCGCACUUGCUUGCUGAAGAUAGUAAACCUUUUUUCUUUCUUUCGAUAACAGUCUAACAGAUGUAAUCGAUGUAGCUAGGUUCAAGUGAGAUGAAAAAAAAAUCUGACAGAUGUAACUAGCUCAGAGUUUCUGUUUGUUACAGUGUUUUCCGCUAAAUAUAUCAGCCUAUCUAUCCGAAGAACAUUCUGUAUUUAA